GAAUUUUUUGGUCCAAUGGAAAGAGAAGGGCAUCAAAUCACCAACAAUUUUUCGAAAAAGAAACUAGUACUAACCUUGCUCUUUACAACCAGUGUUUACUUUUUACCGGGAACUUCUUGAGAGCUGAGAGGGUGGAUCUUACGAUCUACUACGUAAUAUCAGGAGUCAAACUUUUUGGAGAAAGACAAAGAUGGCGGAAGAUUUGGUAUUGGACACUGCAAUCAGAGAUUGGGUGCUUAUACCGUUAUCGGUAGUUAUGGUGCUCAUCGGAGUCCUCAGAUACUUCGUAUCGAAGCUCAUGCAGUCAUCUUCUUCCCAGUCACCUGAUGCUAAAAUCGUCAAAGAAGGGUUUUUUACAUCUUCCCACUCUCUCGUGCGCGUAAUUAUAUAGUUAUGUCAUUAUAUUUUUAUUUGUUAAUAUAUCUGAAGAUCUUAUGCAGGCAGGCGAUAAUAAGGGCUAGGAAUUUGAGGGCAAAUGCCAAUUUUCUUCCUGCCAAGUCUUUUAGAGCGAGGCGAUUUUAUUAUAGCAAUGAGGAAAAUGGGUUACUUGUUGUUCCUAAAGGACAAGCUCAGAAUCCACAAGCGCAAAUGCUUUCUGAUCCUAACAUGGCUAUGGAUAUGAUGAAGAAAAAUCUGUCAAUGAUUAUACCUCAGACCCUUACUUUCGCAUGGGUGAACUUCUUCUUCUCAGGGUUUGUAGCAGCAAAAAUACCAUUUCCAUUAACUCAAAGGUUCAGGUCAAUGUUGCAAAAUGGGAUUGACUUGAGUACAGUUGACGUAAGCUAUGUUAGCAGUCGAUCUUGGUACUUCCUCAACCUUUUUGGGCUGAGAGGCCUAUUUAGUCUCAUUCUGGGAGAGGAAAAUGCUACAGAUGAUACCCAACGCAUGAUGCAAAUGAGUGGAUUUGGUUUUGACCCAUCAAAGAGUUUGGGUGCAGAGAAGGACAAUUUAGACAUAUUGCAGCAUGAAUGGGCAUUGCCUAAAUUCGAGCAACGAGCGGAAGCUGUUUUGAGGUCAUUGCUCAACUGAUUUUUCAUACAUACAUUGAGUUCGAUACACUUAUGCUUCAUCCGUAGGAGUCGUUUGGGUUGGCUCCCUCCCCCCUUGAAUCUACCUCGGCUGCUCACAAUGGUUGAGAUCUAUUGGAAGGAAAAUUAACAGCGGCUUCAUGGAAUGGGCAUCUGAAGCUUCCUUAGUUUCUUGAAGUAGUGAACUUGAUCAUUUUAGCGGAAUCAAAUUCUUUAUUUUUAUUUGUCUUAAGAUCUGAUAUGCUGCUGCAUUUAUUUAGGUACAUAUUUUAUACUAUCGUAUUUUGGUAUGAAUCAAUUCAGUGCAUCUCAACCUCCAUGCUGAGCUUAAUAGCCCAUUUGAUAGGGAUAAAUGGAUAAGCGUUACCGAAAUGACUGGUUAGAUUGUGAAGCCAUGAUCAACAUGUUGUUAUGUUCCUUUAUAGUCGUGAAUCUUUGUUUUAUUAUAUCUUUUGUUAUUAUUAAAGAGUAAAUUAAUAUGGAGUAUGAUAAAAA